AUGAGUGAGUUGAGUGAUGCUGAGAAACGCAGGUUGCUGAGGGAAAGAAGGCAGAAAAAAUUCGGUAAUGGUGGUGCCAGUUCAAGGUUGAAUAAGAUUACGGGACAGGUGCCGGAUAGUCAGUUGGAUACCAGCUCCCCGUUGGACUCGCCAUCGAGUGCGGAAGCGUCGGAAACUCCGGUUUCUUCAGAGCGUGCUGUGGGCAAUACGGCCAGUACACUGGAAAUGGACGAGCUGAUUGCUAGCGUAUCGAAACCUCCUUCAUCUGGAAUGCCUCCCAGGAGCCAGGGUACGAGAUCUGUACGGGAAGAUGGGUCGAAAUCACCGCAAAGCGCAGAUCCGCAGUUAGAUCUGUUCAAACGGCUGAUGGGAUCGCAGCAGUCGGACGGGUCUGAACCAGAUUUGAUGUCCAUUUUUCAGUCAAUGAACGGAGAUGGUGACGGCGAGACUCCAACACCAUUCGAGACGGAGCCGGUCGACCAGAGGAUGUUGGAUUACCACAAUUUUUUGGUCAACCGUCUCAAGGCGUGGUCUAUUCUUCUGAAAUGGCUGAUCCUUUCGCUAUAUGUUUACCUGAUCACCAAGGAAUCUGCGUCGCACAAUCUUUCCCUGCCUCAGUGGCUCAUCGAGCCUUCCAGUUUCUUCCCCGUCUUCGUUGGUUUCGAGAUCGUCGCGACCUCUAUUUACUAUCAAAGGCUGCAGUCUAUCGAGAAGAGCAACAAUGUCGACACUUUGCGAAACAACAGCAAAAUCGCCAAGCUGGUAUCGCUGCUACCUGCGCAAGGACAUCCUAUUGCGAAUCUGAAGGGCAAAAUUCUCAUGGCUCUUCAGUACUGGGACGUGUUGUCAAUGCUCAUCACUGAUGUUUGCUUCGUUUUGAUUGCCAUGGGCGUUUGUAGUUAUCUAUAG